UGCCCCUACGCUUAACACCCUGAUCCUCAUUCUUCUCAAAUGACAGACUGAAAAAAGAGAAAAGAAAAGAAAAAAUAAAAAUCGAAAAGAAGAAAAAAGUGAGAAAACAUCCUUUAACCCAUCGUCUCUUUGUGUCUUUCUGUAGGUCUUUCUCUUUCUUCUUCUUCUGUAAUUCUGCAAUCAAUGUCGGUUCCUUUCACUUAGAUUCCCCUUUAACCAAAAUCCCUACUUCCCUAAUUCUCAACCUUCCCAGAGAUUCCACCAUUCCUUCCAUCUUUCAGUUUCUGCGAUUUCAGACAUUGCCGUUUAGCUUCUUCAAAAAAGAGUAGAACAUUUUGGGGGUUGAAGAAGAUUAAACUCGAAUACAAUACUGUUUUUCUGAAACUGGGGUUUUUAUUGCUUAUUGCUGGAUUGAAUAAUUGAAUUCAUCAACCACUUUUUUAUACUGUAUCAAUUGUAGUUUGUGUAUUUUGGAGAGAGAAAUCAGGGUUUUGAAGAACUAGAGCAAUGCAAGAAUCAGGGGAAACUUCUGGAACUUAUAAUGGGAUGUCUUCUGAUAAUAUUAAAGGAUUGGUUUUGGCUUUAUCAUCCAGUUUUUUUAUUGGGGCUAGUUUUAUUGUCAAGAAGAAAGGGUUGAAGAAAGCCGGAUCUAGUGGCGUUAGAGCAGGUAGUGGAGGCUACUCAUACUUAUAUGAGCCACUUUGGUGGACUGGCAUGUUAACUAUGGUUGUUGGGGAAAUUGCUAAUUUUGCAGCCUACGCUUUUGCACCAGCUAUUUUGGUGACUCCACUUGGUGCAGUCAGUAUCAUCAUAAGUGCUACCCUUGCACAUAUUAUUUUGAGAGAGAGGCUUCACAUAUUCGGGAUACUUGGCUGUAUACUAUGUGUUGUGGGCUCAAUAACGAUUGUUUUGCAUGCACCACAAGAGCGCCAAAUUCAGUCUGUUGCAGAAGUAUGGGAUCUAGCCACAGAGCCAGGUUUCCUUGCAUAUGCAGUUCUGGUGCUAUUAGUAGUUUUUUUCCUCAUGGUAAACUAUGUCCCACAAUAUGGGCAGACUCAUGUGAUGGUCUACAUUGGAAUUUGUUCACUUGUGGGGUCUUUGUCGGUCAUGGGUGUUAAAGCACUUGGAAUUGCUCUGAAGUUGACAUUCUCAGGAAUGAAUCAAUUGGCAUACCCCCAAACAUGGGUAUUUGCAUUUGUUGUGGUAUCUUGUAUUAUAACGCAAAUGAAUUAUUUAAACAAGGCACUUGAUACUUUCAACACGGCUGUUGUGUCACCUAUAUACUAUGUGAUGUUCACGACUUUUACCAUUGUGGCUAGUGUUAUUAUGUUUAAGGAUUGGGCUGGACAAAAUGGCAGUCAAAUUGUCACAGAGAUGUGUGGAUUUGUAACAAUUCUGGCAGGAACUUUUCUUCUGCAUAAAACGAAGGACAUGACAGGCAGCCCAUCAUUUUCAUUCCCACGAACUCCCAAGCACUCGAACAUGGAGGAAUUUGAUCUUGAAGGUGCCCCUCUGGUGAACCUAGAAUUAACUCAUACAUCAUAACAAAGCAUGUGGCUUCAAAAUCUGCAAGUGCCCUAUGGUUUAUCAUUAGAGUCGGGGCUCACGCGUAUUUUAGUUCAAGUGACUGAGCUCCCAUUCUUUCGGAUUAAAAAUAUCGACUGUUCAGCCAAGCAGCACAUAACCCAGGAUUAAAAUAGAUCAAGCUGCUUAACUGCUUUGCUUCAAUGCACAUGUCUAUGAGCUCUUGCCCUCCAACCAAUUUGAAGAAAUCUCAUUCGGGCUUUGAGUGGUUGAUGAAAGGAUGAUGAAUGCUUUGUAGAUAAUUAAGAUUGUUCAAUACAACUUAAUUUAGACUCGAGUUUGUUUCGAGGGGUGUAUAAAGAUACGUAGUCGGUGAAUCAUUACAUUCAUUGUUGUUGAUCAAUUUCCAUGUUUAGUGUUUC